ACAAUGGAGGGAAGCCGGGGCCGUGUUUAUGGUUCCGGCUACCGAUAGCAACGCGCGGCCAUUUCAUCCUCUGAAAGUUGGCGACUCGGCGCGGACAUUUCCUCCUCUGUGCGCUGGCUUGAAAUAAACCUGCAAUAAAAGGCCCCCUUUCUCACAUUCUUCCACCCCACACAGCUCCCCAGCGACUAGUGUUAGCAGCCAUGUGUUUUUAAACGGUCCGCCAUCACCGGGCGGGUUACACUGAUGCUUCCCCGCUGUAGCCGCCCGCUCUUGGGUUGCUGUCGGACCCGGGGCAGCUCUCGGUGAAACGGACGCUGGGGCCUCACUCUGGAGAUGCCGCUGCUGGGACGGGGUGGCCGCUGGCGGCUGAGAUAUGGAGCGGCCAGGCUGCUGGUCGCAAACGCGGCCUUCAUCUCCCUCAUCGUGUUGUCUUGGCUCACCGGGGCCGAGGAGGCCUUUUCUUUGAGUGCCGGCCCGGUGCUCAGCCGGUGCCAGGUGCACCGUUUACUGAGCUACUGCUUCUGUCAUGACAAUAUAUUUACUUUACUCGUCAACGUAGUGUUCCUAAUUUUUCUGAGCAGCCAUCUGGAGGAACAGUUGGGUACCAUCCGAUACAUUUACCUCGCCAUCAUUUUUGCUGUCUUUUCUGCAAUUUUUUAUCUGCUUUUGGGCAAACUAUUAAGCUUGGAAGAAACAGCAGUGUGUGGUUUCACGAGUGUUCAUUUUGCUAUGGUGACACUAAGCUGCUGUAGUUCAGAAAUGAAACAGACCUUCACUGCAGUGGGAAUCCGUCCAGCAGCAGUGCCUUGGAUACUCCUCGCAGUUGCCUACUUUGUUAUUCCAAGUUCUUCCAUAUUUCUCCAUAUCUGUGGAGUUAUUGUUGGUCUGCUCUAUAGUUAUAGGUUUUUAUUUUGGUUGGAGUUGCCAGACUUUGUGGUAGAAUAUGUUGAAAGACUGGCUAUCUGUAGAUUUUUGCAACAUAAUUCCUGGAUUCCAUUUAUCUUCUCUCCAGCCCAAUAUCGUCUUACUGUCACAAGUAAUACUGAGAGGUACCCUGUUACCGAGGCCAAAACUCACACAUCAUCUCAAGUGCAUUUUACAGCCAUUGAUCAUUUUACAAAAGGCAGCAAUAGCUGCAACAUUGAAAUAGAUUCUCAGUGGACUGAGCUCCCCAAUCAGACAAUAUUGCCUUCUUCACAACUGCACGUUGGAUCAAUGGGAGCCAGUAAUUUCCAAGCACACUCUGAUAAUCCCUGCAGUUCUGCAUAUUCUGACCUGCUGGAUCCGAGUCAUUGUCUCCCUGAAUUCUGUCAUAUGUAUCCGGAUGAAAUUUACACUGCUGCUCGAUGCGGCCUUCUCACAGAUGAGGAUCUUUUACGUGCUAGUAUUGCUGCGUCCUUAAAAGAAUCAGAUCAGAGCAGGAAACUGGAAGUACCUAAAUCUUCAGUGUCCUCUCUACGACUACAGCAGUUACAGCAGAUGGGGUUUUCAACUGAAAAGGCUGUUUUAGCUCUGGCUGCUUCAGGGAAGGUGGAGGGUGCCAUCAAUCUCCUGGUAGAAGACCAAGUUGGAGAAGAUGCCAUUGUGACAACAAAGGAUCUACGGAAUGAGAAAAAGCAAGCGAAGAUAUCCCAAUGAAGUGGAUUAACGAACAUGAAGAGAUGCUCUUAAAAAGUACAUUACAAUGUAAUCUGUUGCAAGAUAUGAUAGUUUUUUAAAAUUUUAAAUGGCUGCUAAGAAAGUGGAGCGCCUUUAAUCCAAUAGAAACUGUAAUAGAAGGUCAUGAAAUACAACUUUUUUAACUAAAGUCGUAGAGUCAUACAUUGCAGAAGGAGGCUCAAAUGGUCCAUGCUACCAAGAAGCUCAUCGAAGCUGGUCCCAUCCUUCAAAAUCUUUCCUAUCCAUGUGCUGUCUUUUAAAAGUUAUUAUUGUACCUGCCUCAACCACUCACUCUGGCAGCUCAUAGUUCUAUGUGAAAAGUGGUUCCUCAAGUUCUUAUUGAAUCUUUCCUCUCUCAGCUUAGACCUUUGGUUCUUGAUUCCCCUAACCUGGGACUGACUGCCUUCACCCUAUUUAUGUCUCUCAUGAUUUUAUAUACCUCAAAAGAUUAGCUACGUUCCAAGGAAAAAAAAUUCUAGCCUGACCAAACUCUCCCCUGUAACUUAGUCCUUCAAGUCCUGGCAACAUCCUUGUCUGUCCUCUUUAUAGUCUAAUAACGUUUUCCCUUUAGUACGGUGCCCAAAACUGAACACAACACUCCAGGUAUGGUACAGGUUAAGUACUCCUUUUCCAAAAUUCAAAAAUCCAAAAACCUCUGAAAUAAUAAUUUUUUUUUGGAGAUGACAUCAGAAAUGGAAAUUUCCAUAAGGCACUGGGAAGGUUCCUAGGCGAUAUGCAGGCCACUGCACAUUACAGACAGUUCUGAGAAGUGACCUCACAUAUAUAAUAAGCAGAAGUUAAUGAAAAGUAUAAAAACACUGUAUAAAACAAAAAAAUGAAGAUCUUGAAUGUGUAUUGAAAAAGUGGAUUUGUCAAUGUCGGAGUAAAGAUUGUAAUGUAUGGAUCUAUUUCUAUUAGAGCAAUGACCUCCCCCACCUUUAGCACUACAUAUUGAUCUGUUGUCUAUGCAUGCGCUGUUUGUCUACACAUGCGCAUUGUAUUCUCUCUUUCUGUCUCACUCGUCAGUUAAAGCCGUCUCCUGCACCCGUGGUUUUAUUUAAUCUAUAUGUAGCUGUACACAGGGACAACAAAUUGGCAAUGAGUAUGAAUGCCAGAAAAUAUCACGAAUUGCACUGACAGUUAUGGCAUGAUUACGGGAUGCAACAGUGAUUGUUAAAGAACACAAGAAAGCUGAAGGAUUCAUGAGUAACAGUGAAAGACGCACUAAACUUAAAGUGAAAAGUAAUGUAGUGAUGGCUUCAGUCGGGAAAGUUGCCAAAUUUGAUAGCGCUGAUGAAGACUGGGAGUCAUAUAUCGAGAGGGUCGAACAGUAUUGUAAUGCGAACAAUGUUGAGGAGUAAAAGAAAGCCCCUACGCUUCUUAGCUUAAUGGGCUCAAGAACAUACAGUCUCUUACGCCACUUAGUAACCCUUGCAAAGCCAGCAAGCAAGAUGUUCGACAAAAUUGUUACAAUUUUACAAAAUCACUUGAGCCCUAAACCAUUGGUAAUAGCUGAGAGAUUUACAUUUUACAAGAGGAACCAGAAAAAAAGAUGAAAGCAUUUCUGAAUACAUUGCAGAACUGCGCAAACUAUCCCAGUACUGUGACUUUAGAGAUGAACUUUCUGAUGCAUUAAGGGACAGGCUUGAAUGUAGCAUGCAUAGUCAAAGCACUCAAAAGAGGCUAUUGUCCAAAAGAGAACCUAACCUUAGAACGGCCAUUGACCAUUGCAGUAUCGUUAGAGACUGCGGCAAAGGAUGCAGUAGAACUACAGAAAGGGAGGCUAGAAGGUGAAGUGCACAAAAUGUCCCUGAAUGAUGUAAAAAGCCAAAAAUGUUAUCGAUGUGGCAUGAUGCAAAUGACUGUUGGUUCAAAGAAAAAGUUUGCAUUAAGUGUCACAGACAAGGUCACAUUGAGAGAGCGUGCAAGGCAAACAAAAAGCACAACCCAGUGGAAAGUCUUAAACACAAAACGAAGCAAAUGUAUAAAGUUACUGAAUGUAAAACAGAAUCAGACAACAUGGUGUCUGACAAAGGUGAACUGUCAUGCCUAGAACUGCAUAGUAUAACUGAAGCAGAUCACAAAAUAAUCUGGAUCACAAUAGAUGAGUCUGGUGUAAAACUGAAAAUGGAGCUGGAUACAGGGUCAGCUUUGUCCAUAAUUCCAGAGGCUGACUACAACAGACUGUUUUCUAAGCUACCAUAAGAGAAGACUUCAGAGGUACUAAAGGCUUACACAGGCAAAGAAGUGUGUCCCAAAGGUAAACAAAGUAAAUGUGAUGUAGGCCAAACACAACAGUUAGAGCUUUAUGCGUGAAAAGUGGAAGGACAGCACUUUUAAGACGGGAAUGGUUGAAAAAAAUCCAACUAGACUGCCACACAAUCAAAGCUCUCAGUGUGGCAUCAACAGGCAACUGCAGCCCAAACGGUAGCACUAACUAGAGGCUGUCACAGCUACUUAAUGGUAAUCAGAAGGUGUUUGAGAAGGGAAUAGAUAAACGGAUCAAAGUCUUGGCCAAAAGCUGUUCAAGAAUCCAAAAAGUUUAAAAUGCACACCCACAGGCACUGUUAUAACCCAUGGGAGUGGCUGUUUUCACCACGGCAAAGAGUAUGUAUUGACUUUGCUGGGACAUUCCUUAUUGCUGUGGAUGCUCAUUCAAAGUGGCUGGAGGUUAUACCAAUGAAGUCAACCACCGCAGCAAAGAAUGUUUCUGGCCUGAGGACUACCUUUGCCAGAAAUGGCUUAUCAGGACAAAUUGUGAGUGGCAACGGACCACAAUACAGGUCAGAAGUAUUCUGACUGUUCAUGAAGAAAAAUGGCAUCAGAUAUUUUAAGUCAGCUCAUCACCACUCAGCAACGAAUGGGUUAGCUGAAACGUUGAUCUGAACCUUCAAGGAGUUCAUUAAAGCGUUGGACAAGGAGGACAUUUCUCUACAGCACAAGGUGGACAACUUCCUUUUUGUGUAUUAGAUUUCCGUUCAUGUGACGACAAACACUUGCAAUGCUGUUCAUGAGCAGGAAUCUGAGAUCUCGCAUUGACCUCCGGAAACCAGACCAACAGAGGGAAGUGCAGAAUAAACAGUUUAGCCAGUUGCCAAGUGAAGCAGCAAGGAGCUUUGAAAUUGGACAGGAAGUCCUAGCGUGUGGUUACCGAGAAGACAACUGGACACCUGGCAAGAAGGCUACAAGAACUGGACCACUGAUGUACACAGAGGAUGUUGGAGAUCAGACGUGGAGAGGUCAUGUGGACCAGGUACUGGACGCUCAACCGAAGAAGACACCUGAGUCGACUGCAUCCAUUAAGAUGGACACAUUAUAGUCAUCGGACUUACUUCUCAGUGAUGAUGUCACUGACAGCAACGCGACACCAGAAACUGAGGACGUUGUCUUGGAGAAGACAAGUACCAAACCUGACACCACUCCACAAGUCCAGAGGCACUAUCCUGAAAGAAACAGAGCACCACCCAACAGACUGAACCUUUAAAACUGUGAAGUUAGUUUUGCACUGCCAUUGUGAAAGCAUUUUUAUUAAAAGGAAAUUGAAUGUUUUGUACAUAUACAGUUUUAUGUUGGAUUAAUCUAAAGGGGGAGGAAGUGUAAUGUAUGGAUGGAUUUCUUUCAGAGCAAUAACUCGCCCCACAGCACUACACAUUGAUCUGUUUUCUGCACAUGCGCUAUUGUCUAUGCACGCAUGUUGUUCUCUCUCUCUUUGGCUGCAAUAUGUAUACACCCACUAAAGCCAUCUCCCGCGUCCGUGCUUUCUUGAAUUGAUAUGAGGUUGUGCACAGAUGUAACAAACAUAUGUCAUUUAAUGGCAUGCCGAUCAUGAAACAACCAAAGAUCUAUCACGAUGAACUGAAAAUUGAAAGUAAUCGUGAAUAUUCAGAAUAUUCUGGUUGCAGAAAUGUAAGAAAAAGCACGCCAUUAAAUUUUUAAAGAUUUAAAAGAUAAAGGGUCUACUGAUUACGAAGCAGCAGAGGCAUUCAUUAGAGUUUGCGAAGAUUGCUGCUGAUGAAAAUCUAAAACUAGAACAAGCUUACAGUGCUGAUUGUUUUUAUAUCUUCCAUAAAACCUAAGAAUAAGUGAAAUACAAAUACAGUGUCAUAAGGGAAAGCCUGACGUGGUUUGUUGUUGAUUAACAGCGUAUUCAGGUAUCCUCUCCCGAUGCUGUUGUGCUGCUUUUGUUACAACGCUCAUAUUAUAUUUUCAAUAUAUUAAUGGCAUGUAAUAUUUUUUAUUGUUAAGUACGUAUGUGUGAUGAACAACUGUAAGACAAAGACUGCUUACCAGAAGCACAUAAAUUCAGAGUCAGAAAUGAUGGCGAUCCCAAGCUAUCUCAUUAUGUGAUAUCUGAAAAAAUCUGAAGAAAUCCAAAAUCCGAAGCAUUCCAGCCCCAAGCAUUUUGGUGAGUACUCAACCUGUAUUACUAAUGCCUCGUACAACUACAACAUAAACUCCCAACUUUGAAACUCAACGCCCACACUAAUGAAUGCCGAUGUGCCAAAAGCUCUCAAUGAAAUGAGUUUGAACCUAGACAUUAUUCCAAAGUACAUUUUUUAAUUAAAAAUGAGCAGCAGCCCUCUGUAAAAAUCAAGAAUUCUGUGAACCAGUAACAAUACUUCAUUAUGGGGGUGUUGUGGAUAGUCUAGAGGGUUGUCAGAGGUUACAGUGGGACAUCGAUGGAUGCAGAACUGGGCUGAGAAGUGACAGAUGGACUUCAACUCAGAUAAGUGUGAAGUGAUUCAUUUUGGUAGGUCAGAUUUGAAGACAGAAUAUAAUAUUAAUAGUAAGACUCUUGGCAGCGUGGAGGAUCUGAGAGAUCUUGGGGUCUGUGUCCAUAGGACAUUGAAAGCUGCCACGCAGGUUGACAGUGUUGUUAAGAAGGCGUGUGGUGUGUUGACAUUCAUCAGCCAUGGGAUUGAGUUCAAGAGCUGCAAGGUAAUGUUACAGCUAUAUAAGACCACUGUGUUGAGUUCUGGUCACCUCACUACAGGAAGGAUGUGGAUACUAUAGAGAGAGUGCGGGGGAGAUUUACAAGAAUGUUACCUGGAUUGGAGGGCAUACCUUAUGAGAAUAGGUUACCAGGUUGAGUGAACUUGGCCUUUUCUCCUUGGAGCGAUGGAGGAUGAGCGGUGACCUGAUAGAGGUGUAUAAGAUGAUGAGGGGCAUUGAUCAUGUGGAUAGCCAGAGGCCUUUUCCCAGGGUUGAAAUGGCUAACAAGAGGGGGCGUAGUUUUAAGGUGCUUGAAACCUUAAGGUUUCAAGGGGAUGUCAGGGGUAACUUGUUCACACAGAGAGUGGUGGGUGCAUGGAAUGCACUGCCGAUGGCGGUGGUGGAAGUGAAUACAAUAGGGUCUUUUAAGAGUCUGUUAGAUAGGUACAUGGAGCUUAGAAAAAUAAAGGGCUAUGCGCUAGGGAAAUUCUAGGCAGUUUCUAGAGUAGAUUACAUGGUCGGCACAACAUUGUGAGCCGAAGGUCCUGUAGUGUGUUGUAGAUUUCUAUGUUCUAUGUAUAAUAAUAAUAAGCAUCCGUUAGUCUCAUGAGACCAUGGAUUUGUGCCUUGGAAGGUUUCCAGGGCGCAGACCUGGGCAAGGUUGUAUGGAAGACCGGCAGUUGCCCAUGCUGCAAGUCUCCCCUCUCCACGCCACUGAUGUUGUCCAAGGGAAGGGCGCUAGGGCCGAUACAGCUUGGCACCGAUGUCGUCGCAGAGCAAUGUGUGGUUAAGUGCCUUGCUCAAGGACACAACACGCUGCCUCAACUGAGGCUCAAACUAGCGACCUUCAGAUCACUAGACCGACGUCUUAACCACUUGGCCAGGUUCUGUGUAUAACCCUUGAUCUAUGGAUCAGAUGGCUGGCACCUGCAAUCACUCGUGCUGACACAAUGCUAAUCAUAGUCAGGGUGAACUCUUCAGCAAAACCACGAUCUGCCCCACUCACUCAACUUGCUUUCCAUUUUCCUGCUUCCCAUUCCAUCUUCCUACUCCUUUUUGAGGCAGUCAGAAAGAUGUCUUUAAAAGCACUGACUCACUUUCCUCAGUCAGUCGGCAAAUGACGUGGGAGGUGCUCUUCCAGCAAGCAGCGGCCAUCCAUGAAAGGCGGGGGAGAGGGGGUGUUACAUUUUAAUGCUCAUAGGGGGGAAACAAAUCACUCAAUUACUUUGAACAGGGUUACUGGUAAUGUGAAAUAAAGAAGAAUGCUGAAAAUACCAAGCAAGUCAGGCAGCGGCUGUGAGAAAGAAAGUCUGGAAGAAGAGUCAGAGUUACUUCUACAGCGUGGUGACCUGUAGUCAGGAGGCUGGCUAUCCAAAAUCAGCGGAAUUUAUUGUUGAGUCCCCAGAGCUGCAAAGUGACACACUUUAUGUUAUGUUGGAUUUUGCUGGACUGGUGGGAGAGGUCCAAGUGUGGAGUGGGUUGGAAAGUGGAAUAUCAGACACAUCCUCACAGAGUAAGCAGAGCUGCUUUGCAAAGUGAAAUCGACCAAUUAACGUACAAAGCAGUAUGUCUUCCGACUGUGGGAGGAAACCCACGCAUUCCAUGCAGAGGAUGCUGGGAUUGAACUCUGAACUCUGAUGCCCCGAGCUCUAAUAGUGUCCGCUCUAACCGCUAUGCUACCGUGGCGCCAGAUCAGAUUAGAAUGAAGUAAUUAGAAAGACUUGUUUGGAUCUGUGGAUGGUGGCAAAAAGUGAAAAGGCAUCACUUGUGGUUACGUAGGAGGGUGCUGUGACAAGGUGAGUGGGCAUCAGAGGAGAUGAAUGAGUGAGCUAGGGAAUCAUAGAGGAAAUGGUGGAAAGGGGAGGGCAAAAUGCCAAUAGUGACACUGGCAGCAAUUACAGAUGAUGAUCUUUUGAAUAUGAAGCCUGGAGGCGUGGAAAGUAACAACAAAGAGAACCUUAUCCUUGCUUUGGCUGAGAUAAGUGGGGCUUACAAACAGAAAGAGGUAUGGAGUGAGAUGGAUACAGUCAUGUCAGCUAAGGAGUUAGAAAUGAAUCAGGUGAAAGUGAGAGCAGGAAGAAGACUGGCAACAAAGUCUUGGCCCAAAAUGUCGGCCCUUUAUUCCUCUCUAUAGGUGCUGCCUCACCUGCUGAGUUCCUCCAGCAUCUGGUGUGUGUUACUCUUGAGUUUCCAGCAUCUAAGUACUACCUUGUAUGUAUAAAUUGUUAAAAUUUUCAGCUUUGUAUAAGAUCAUGAAAAUGUAUCUAUAUCAUAAUCAAUAUGAGGGAUAUGCUUCCUGGUGCCUUAAGUAGAUGGCUUUAAUUUACAUAUUAUUUGUCAGCAUUACACUGAGUUCAAAGAGCAAUCGUGUAUUAGCAACACACACAAAACGCUGGAGGAAGUCUGCAGGCCGGGCACCAUCUAUGGAAAAGAGUAAACAGUUGAUAUUCUAAAGUCCUGAAGAAGGGUUGCAGCCUGAAAUGUUGACUGUCUACUCUUUUCCAUAGAUGUUGCCUGACCUAUUGAGUUCCUCCAGCGUUUUGUGUGCAUUGCUUUGGAUUUCCAGCAUCUGUAGAUUUUCUUGAGUGUGUGCAUUGGCUUGUUUUCAUUGAAAUUAUUUAAAAUUCCAUACUUAACAAAAGAAGGAUAACUAAAUCCUUCUCUGCAUCACUCCCAUCCAAAUCUGUGGAGGAUUGUUAGCCAGUAUUAAAAUAGAAGUCAUUCAUAAGCAUGAAUACUGCAACU